AGGGUGGCCGCUCCCGGCAGCGUGCAGCGCGAACGUCGGCGCAGGCGCCAAGGCUCUGGCAGUUGGCCGGCACACCACUACGCAUGUGUGUCAACUCUAGGGUUGGGUGCUGGGGUUGCGGCUUUCGGUUAACACCGCAGGCACCACACCUGUUGGUGUUCAGAUGGAGCAGCACACCAGUCAUCCUAACAGAAAAGUUCCAGCCAAAGAGGAAGCUAAUGCUGUGCCUCUUUGUAGAGCAAAACUCUCCCCCAGCUAUAUUAAUCUUCAAGCAAGUUCCCCACCAGCCACUUUUCUGAACAUCCAGACAACAAAGCUGCCCUCAGCCCAAGGAAUGCCUAGGACUCCUGGAAUGUAUGUAUGCCAACCUCCAGCUUCAGACCCAGCUCACCCAACAACAGAUGGCUAUUUUGGAACAUUUACAGGCAUCCGUGACACAACUGGCUCCUGGGAGGGGAAGCAAUAACUCUACUCUCCCAGCCUUAUCUCCUAAUCCAUUGUUAAAUCACCUGCCCCAAUUCAGUAAAUGAACUGUGGAACAAA